CAUGUUCACAAGCCCCUCCCUGCUCCGUGCUCUCUUUUACACACAAGCAAACCCAGCUUCUGUUAUGGCAGGGGCUGAACAUUGGCAUUUACCAAACAGCCGCGGCAUGCCACUCUCCCUGACAACACCUCCCUCCUUUCUCUGGAGACAGACGGGCAGGCUGAACUGAGCUGAAAGCAGACUGUAGUAGUGUCUGACAAACACGCCCUCACAUCAGCAAGACAAAGUGGAGGAAACUGCUGAACACAUGCCACAAGAUACCAAAGGGCCAACCAGAUAAUGUGACAACAAAUUGAAGACAAAAAAACAUGAUGGAAGGACAAAACGGAAAUAUCUUGCCUCAUAAAACAACCGAGAACGGAGUUAAAGGGAAGCCCCCAUACUCAGUGGAAACCCCUUAUGGCUUUAGACUUGACCUGGACUUCCUAAAAUAUGUGGAUGACAUAGAGAAGGGCAACACAAUCAAAAGAGUCCCCAUACAGCGCCGGAGCAAGGGCCCCCGAGCAAGCACUCUUCCCAGGCACCUCAACCCUUCUGGAUGUGGCUACCGCCCGAGCCCCUGGGGAUCGACAGGAGCUCUUGGCCCCAAGUCCCGACUGUCAGACAUCCAUCCAGGCUAUACUUCCUGGGCAAAUGAUCAGAGGUCGCUCCAUUCUCCCACAGGACUCAAAUCCUUGACUGAGAUGGAAGCCAGAAUCAAGGAGUUUGAUGAGCAGCCUCUAGGUGAGCACAUCAGACCUCAUCUCCUCCGUGCCUCCAGUAUGCCGCUUACAGUGCUGCUGAGACAGGGAUCAGAAUCCACAGAUGACCCUGGCAGCCUCCGUAGUUCGAGGGAUCACCUUGGAGGAAAAAACAUCUCCUGCGAAGACGUCUUCUACUCCACGGACAGCCCUCGUCCCCAGGACUACUCAGGGCUGUUGAGACGCCUGAGAGAGGCCCUGGAACGUGUGGGUGAGCUGGAGAUGGAGAUGAGGGUGAUACCAGAGCUUAGGGCACAGAUCUGCAUCCUCCAGGAGGAAAGAGAAAGGCUGCGUCUAGGCCUAAAUCCACACAUCCAACCACCUUCAAUGAAUGGAACCGCAGACCCUUACCCCUCAUCCCACUACAGCACAGUGGACAUCAAAAGGCCUCGGCAUGAAAGUCAUAUCAUGUUUCCUAGAAAUCACAGCGUCAGUCAGGAAGACUCUAAUCCAACACAUGAGUGGAGGACUAGUACAGAUCUGGACGAGCUGCUGACAGUGACGUCCCUGCAGGCUAAGGUAGCUGUACUGGAGCAGAAGCUCCAUGAGACUGGCCUGGAGCUCCAGAGAGCCUUAGGGCUGCUGAGGGAGCAGCAGGAGGAGAGUAGAAAGAAAGAUGAGAAGAUUGAACACCUUAUCAGGAAUCCUGGUGUGUGGGUUCGUGCAGAGAGAGUGGUGGUAGACCAGGAUGGAGAUGAGACAGUGGCGAGAUCCAUUGAACCGUAUGAUAAAGAAUCAAGUCCAGAUGCAUUCAUCUCUCCAAAGACUGUUACCACAAAUGGACAAAGGAGUUGGCAACAAGACUCUAUUGUUGAUUCUACUGAAAGGAGUACAUUUGUGUCUGUGGGACAUGGUAACUCUUCAAAUGACGGUAUAGACACAGCAGUGGUCGUCCACCACAUCAAGAAGAUCAAGAGACUCCUGGAUCAGCAGUGGGAGUGUUUGUGCGCAGACUGUCAGUCAGGAGAGGAGGGUAAACCUCUAAAGCACCCAGACCCCAAAGUCAACUCUCUGCAGCAGGAGAUGAUGGGACUUGUUGACAUCCUUACCUCCUACUACACCCAGCAUGGACACAAUGAUGGAGAGAGGACUCAACAUGGAGCCUCUAAAUCCAUUAUGAGGGCAGAUGGAUGGGCCUGGACGUCAAAAAGCCUACAUUCUGGGGGUGUUAAUGAAAGACGCAAAAAAAGUGAAAAUCUGUUUGGGCAGCACUGUGUGAACCAGAGUGAGCAGAAGGAGAGCAGCAUCAGCCCUAGGGAGAUGGCUGCUGCCCAGGUGGAUGCAGAUCCAGAGAAGAGGCAAACGAGCCCAGACAGACAGAUGAUAUCGGGAGGAGCAGGAUCAGGGAGGACAGAUGGAGGCGUAGCGUCUGUGGAAGCUGAGGCUCUGGAGAAAACGGCCAAGAUGAAACUACAGCCUCCAGGAGAACAGAUGGAGGGGAACUCUGGCUUAGAAACCACCACCGGGGGCAGGGAGGCAGUGAGUGCAGAUUUUACGGCUGCUUGUCAGUUCCUUAACGAUCACAUGGACAACAUGGAUAACCCCAAUGAUGACAUGAGGAAGGCCCUGGUUGUGUUGUUUCAGCACUGGUUCAGCGCGGCAGCAGAGGAGGCGUCGGUGGCCAGCAGGUUAGCUGUGUACCUAAGAGAAGUGAAGAAGACCACACCUUCACUGCUGGCCUUCUUGGUCAACCUGGCUGACGACAAUGGCAACACAGUGCUGCAUUAUAGCGUGUCGCACUGCAACUACAGCAUCGUCAGCCUGCUACUGGACACAGGCGUGAGUGACGUGAACCUUCAGAACAAUGCUGGAUAUACAGCAGUGAUGCUGGCCUCGCUGACAGCCCCUGAUGGCCCAGGUGGCAUGGAGGUGGUCCGCAAGCUAAUGGAGCUGGGCAACAUUCACAUUCGCUCAAGCCAGACAGGCCAAACAGCUCUGCACUUGGCGGUGAGACACGGGCGAGUUGUGAUGGUUCGCCUGCUGCUGAGCCACGGAGCAGAUGCUAACAUCCAGGACAGCCAGGGAACCACGGCCCUGAUGUUCGCAGCUGAGAGGGGCCACACACACAUCGCCAGGCUGCUGCUGGAGAGGAGCCAGUGUGACCUCACCCUGACCGACAAGCGAGGUCGAACUGCACUCUCUAUCGCCAUGCAAAGCUCCCACACGGAUACAGCCGCCCUCCUGCAAGCCCAUGCUAAAGCUCGAGCUUUGUAGUUCUGGAAAACUGGAAAAGAAUGUGCAGACAUAUGAUCCUCUCACAUGUGCUCUUUUCUGUCUGAACCCAGUUUAACGUUGAUGCUGUGUGAGUGGGUUGAGUUUUAGCUGUGAUGAUAUUGUUGCUGAAAUGUGGACACCUGCACUAGCAUUGGAUGACAUCAUUAUAACAAGGCUUUAUAUCAUCAGUGAGUGAGGUCAUUAUUGCUGAGUCAGUAUAAAUGUGCUGUUUUCUAUUGUCUUUGCUGUUGAUGUUCAUUGUUAUGUUUGAUCUUUGCACUUCCCAGUAGCAGCUUAGCUUUGCAAACUAUGCAAUGAAAAAAAUAUUUAUUAUAAUAUGUUAAUUAUAUUGGACACGAGUAUGUUGACAAUUAUCUAAACGUCUGUGCUUAUAAUAAUAAUCCAAGGUGCCUUUAUGUUUUUAGAGGAAAAUUACAGAUUGCUAUUUCCAUUCUUGCAGCAGCCGAGCACUUUUUUAAAUAAAAUGUGUGUAAAAUAUACAAAGAAAUGCCAAAUACUUGUCUCAUGGUGCAUGCCAAACACAUGAAAAAAAGGCAAAUUUUUGGUGCCAAUAAACAAACCUGUUGAUUUCA